CCCCAGUCUCUCGGGUGCGCGCCUCUGUGCGCUUUCCGAAGGUCCCGAGGCCGUGUGUAGUUCGCUGUGUGUGUUUGUAUCUCAAUUUACCGGCAGCCGUCGUUACCACAGAAGCAGCGGAUACAGGAGGAAUUAAACCCGGAAACCUUCAACCCCCCCCCUCCUCUACCUUCCUACCCCCUGUCCCGGACAUGCAGCCGCCCCCGCCGAGGCUGAGGAGCCCCAGGAGGUGGAGAUGAGGCUCCGCAAUGGCACUUUCCUGACUCUGCUCGCUUUCUGCUUCUGCAUCUUCCUAUCCCUGUCCUGGUACACGGCUUUCAGCGGGCAGAAAGGGGAUGUGGUGGAUGUGUACCAGCGGGAGUUCCUGGGCCUCAAGGAUCGGCUGCAUGCGGCAGAGCAGGAGAACCUGAAACGCUCCAAAGAACUGAACCUUGUAUUGGAUGAAAUAAAAAGGGCCAUAUCCGAAAAACAAGCCUUACGAGAUAUCAACCGAACGUGGAGCAGCCUGUCUGAUGAAACAAAGCUAAAGCUGUGGAAUAUCACAAAUAAGAAUGUGUUGCAUUUGCCUACUAUCUUCCAUCACUUGCCACACCUGCUGGCCAAGGAGAAUAGCCUGCAGCCGGCUGUGCACGUGGGCCAGGGUCGGACUGGAGUGUCUAUAGUGAUGGGGAUCCCCAGCGUGAAGCGGGAAGUUCACUCCUAUUUGACGGACACCCUAAGCUCGCUGAUUUCCGAGCUCAAUCAGCAGGAGAAGGAUGACUGCGUGAUCGUAGUGCUAAUAGCUGAGACCGAUGCUCAGUAUGCAACGUCGGUGGCAGAAAACAUCAAAACCACGUUCCCGGUUGAAAUACAGUCUGGCCUUCUGGAAGUUAUCUCUCCAUCACCCAAUUUUUAUCCUGAUUUUUCACGACUUAGGGAAUCUUUUGGUGAUCCUAGAGAGCGUGUCAGAUGGAGGACAAAACAGAAUCUAGAUUAUUGCUUCUUAAUGAUGUACGCGCAGUCUAAGGGCACAUACUAUGUUCAGCUGGAAGACGAUAUUGUCGCCAAACCUAACUAUCUCAGCACCAUGAAGAACUUUGCCCUCCAGCAGCCCUCUGAGGAGUGGAUGAUUCUGGAAUUUUCCCAGCUCGGCUUUAUCGGAAAGCUCUUCAAGUCUCUGGACCUCAGUCUGAUUGUCGAGUUCAUCCUUAUGUUCUACAAGGACAAACCCAUCGACUGGCUGCUGGAUCAUGUCCUGUGGGUAAAAGUCUGCAACCCGGAGAAAGACGCUAAACACUGCGAUCGUCAAAAAGCUAAUCUGAGGAUCCGCUUCAAACCGUCACUCUUUCAGCAUGUGGGGACCCACUCCUCUUUGGCAGGAAAAAUACAGAAAUUAAAAGACAAAGAUUUUGGGAAGCAAGCACUGCGCAAAGAGCAUGUCAACCCUGCUGCAGAGGUCAGUACCAGCCUGAAAACCUACCAGCACUUCACCUUGGAGAAGGCUUAUCUGCGAGAGGACUUCUUCUGGGCCUUUACACCAACCGCUGGGGACUUUGUUCGCUUCAGGUUCUUUAAGCCUUUAAGGGUAGAAAGGUACUUUUUCCGAAGCGGUAACAUCGAGCACCCCGAGGAUAAGCUGUACAACACCACGGUAGAGAUCCUGCCUUUCGACAGCCUGCAGUCUGAUAAAGAAGCUCUACAAGAAGGGAGAGGAAAGCCUUCCAAAUAUCACCGCACGCCAGACGGAUACCUUCAGAUAGGAUCCUUUACUAAAGGUAUUGCAGAAGGUGAAGUAGAUCCUUCGUUUGGGCCACUUGAGGCACUGCGGCUGUCUAUCCAGACAGAUUCUCCCGUUUGGGUCAUCUUGAGUGAGAUAUUUAUUAAAAAAGCAGACUGAGUUCUUUUGGACCAACAAAAUGCCAGAAAAGUGGACUUUGCAACUUCCCGUGCUGCCCCGUAACACGGCUCUCCUGCCAGCACUGCUAUGACAGGAAAGUCCUUCAAGAGCAGGGGUGGGACAGAAGCAGAGACACUUGGCGCCAAUUCCCAUGUGAAGCAGCUGGGGACGGACAAGAAGCUGCUCCAACCACACAGGGGUCUCCAAAUGCAUUGUUACAGAUGCAGGCGGUUCGGCCUACAACGGGACAUCCACCCUCCAACCGGUUUUAGAUGGGGUGACAUUUCUUGGUGCCCUGAUUGGCCUCUCCUCCUUCUCUGCCAUGGCCCUCCUUAACCCACCACAUGAAAGUCUGAGGCAUUUAUUGCCAUGGAAAGCACAAUAAAAGUGGACGCCAAAGCGUUGCUUUCUGCAUUGGAUACACAGGGCAGGACUAUUCUCAUGAGUCGCUAGAGGACCGGGGCAGCAGGACACUAUUACCACUGAUUUUCUGUCACCUUAACUUCUGCAGUACUGCUAAGUACUGAAGCAGUUAAAUGCCUUUUUUUAUGUGAGCAAAGUAACUUUCCUUUUAUGUUUCUUUUACGAGUGAUACUUUCCUGUACUACUUUUAAGAUUCUUACAUGCUAUAGCAAUGCAGAUGUUAUGUGUAAUGGCUGGAUUUGUUUUUCUUUCACUAGUCCUCUUUAACCUUGCAGGGGUUACAAAAUAAAUCAAUGUACUACUGCCCUGUAAGAGCACGAGGAAACCACCCACCAACUAUCUGUCUUUUAAAGGAAGGACAGACGGCGUUGUCAGUCUGUGUAGAGACCUCUAAGGUAAAAAUCUUUAUAGAGGCAAUCAAAAACAGGCUUCUUUGGCAGGGAUAGGGUUAAAAAAAAAAAAAGCCCAUUCACCUGGAGGUUCCUUCACUGUAUACAGAUGUGUUGGAGCACACCAGCUCUUUAUCUACUACAUUUCCCAUAAUCCUCUUGUCAGUCAUAGCUUGCAGAGAAUUGUGGGCGUUGUAGCCAUUGACCAACAACCAGUGCCUCGCAGGUUGUCCCAUUUCUUAAAAUAAUAAAAAAGUUUUUCUCUCUUUCAGAUAUGACAAAAUCAGUUUGUACGCUUUGAAUCUAUUUUCUGUAUAUGUUGAUUCAUAAUGAUAAAGAAAAUGUUGUUGGGGAAAAAUUGAGAUGAUUGCUAUUUAAGGAAAGCUGAUGCCAUACAUUUCCACUUCGGUUAUACACUGGGCUAUGUUACAAAUCAUAAUGUGUUUUGUCAUUUGUAUUUUUUAUUGAUUUCUCUAAUAGACCUAUAUGAAGAAAAUAAAAAUGUGCACUGUAAUUAUCUGGA